AUGCAGUAUCAGCAACAAUAUCAGCAGGUGCUGGGCGCCGUCGAUGGCUCGGCGGACCAGUUCAGUUCCUUUGUGCUGCCACUCUCCAUCGCGGGCUUAACGGUUGUCGGACUAUUUUCCCUGCCGGGCGCCGUUGCUCUUCUUUCCCAGAUUCGCAACCGCACUCCCAAAGACAACUUUUAUUCCGAUGUCGACGGCACCAGCACGCCAGAAGCCGUUGCUGCAUUUUCCAACAAGUGGCAAAAGCUUGCCAUUCUUCUCCUUGCCCUGACAAGCUUUGCCACAUCUGUUGCUUAUUCGAUCUUGACCACCCUUCACGCGGACCGUUAUGGCCUCUUUGUUCCCAGCUGGCUGACUACUGGUGCUCUUGCUGCCAUUCUGCUACAAGCUGUCUUCAUCUUUGUUCACCGGUCUCCGGUCAAAUCCCACGAUCUCGGCAUUUGGUCAUUUGGGUCGUCGUUUAUUGCUAUCUUGAUCAACAUACUACAGACUCACCAUGCUUCGCGCCUCGGAGCUACCAAGACUGACGCUUUCUUCAUUCUUCGAAUAGUCAGCUUGGGAGCUACCAUCUUGGUAUUGUUUGCUAGCGUUUCGCUCCCCCGACGACCAGCCGUCUCCCACAAUGGCAAACCAGUGGACGCCCAGUUUACAGGCUCUUUCCUGAGUCGUUAUACUUGGUCUUGGGGACAGCCCUUGGUUGCGUUGGCCACCAAGAAAGGUGAUCUGGACGAAAAAGACAUUCCAGGCCCAGAUCACAACUUCAGAGCCCGAGAUCUGGUCGAGGCUUGGCACAAGUUUGAAUUCAAGGGCACACUUCUUAAAAAGCUUCUUCGUUCUUAUCUGCCCCUAUUUUUGAUCCAAUGGACUGUCACCAUCUUUCGAUCAUUCAUUGGCCUCGGGCCGUUCUGGGCCAUGCUGCGCGUGAUUGAGCUCUUGGAACAGCGCUUUCCCGAAGGUGAACGACCAAUGGGCCAGAUUCUGAUGUACAUCGUUUCGCUCGCUCUUUUCUCUCUAUGUGGACAGUGGACACAAGGAUGGAUCAUGUGGUUUUCCAUGUACAAGACUUCCAUUCCUCUCCGAGGCCAGCUUUCCUCUCUCAUUUUCGAAAAAUCCUUGAAACGCAAAAACGUCAAGAUGGCAGAGAAAGAAACACCCAAAGCGGACGAAGAUGCGGAUGAAGGCAACAAAGACACAAAGAAACCCGAGGAGGAGACCGUUCUAAAGUCCCGCCAAGCCAUUGUGAAUCUUGUUGGUGUCGAUGUCCGGCACGUAUCAAAUCUUGCAGCCUUUCAAUUUUUCAUCAUCAACAGCUUGACCAAUUUGUUCUUUUACUGCGGCUUCCUGCUAAAGUUGAUUGGUUUCUGGCCCUUCGUGGCCGGUAUCCUGGCAUGGGCUCUCGUCUUGCCUAUCAACACGUAUGCCACCAAGAUUUACAUGAAACAUCAAGCCCAGCUCAUGAAAGACCGUGAUGCUAAACUGGCAAUUGUGAAUGAGGCGUUGUUAGGCAUUCGUCAGAUCAAAUUCACUGCACUAGAGAACCAGUGGGAAGGUCGCAUUCAAGAGCAACGAGAAAAGGAACUGACAACUCUAAAGAGAACGUUCAUGGCGGACUCUGUCCUAUUUGCAUGCUGGGUUAUCAGCCCGAUUUUUCUCGCAGCUGCUUCAUUAACCGUCUAUUCUGUCCUUCAUGGCAACCUAUCUCCGUCUAUCGCCUUCGUCAGUAUCAGUAUCUUCAAGAGCUUGGAAGUCACACUCUCUGCACUUCCAGAGCUGCUCACAACCUCUGUUGACACACUCGUUUCAAUCAAGCGAAUUGACACGUAUCUUAGUGGCCCUGAAAUGAAGAGGAUUCUGUCUGAUGGUCCAGAUGUUGCUCUCGAAAAUGCCACCAUCUCCUGGCCUGUUGACGUCGAAACUCCCGACGAAGAACGCUUCAUCCUCAAAAAUAUCAAUCUGUCCUUCCCUGCUGGCGAGCUGUCUGUGAUCUCUGGUAAAACUGGAACAGGAAAAAGUCUGCUGCUCUCUGCUGUACUUGGCGAGGUUGAUCUCCUUGAAGGUGCCAUUCAUGCUCCGCCCACCGUAUCGCCGCUUGAGCGCAAUGACCAGGCGGCUCAUCCCGGAAACUGGAUCCUUCCCGGCUCUGUUGCGUAUGUGGCCCAGACACCUUGGCUCGAAAGUGCUUCUUUCCGAGAUAAUAUUCUAUUCGGCCUCCCUUACAAUGAAGCGAGAUACCAGAAAGUUAUUGAAGUCUGUGCCCUGAAAAAGGAUCUCGAAAUCUUGCCAGAUGGUGAUAAGACAGAACUUGGAGCCAACGGAAUCAAUUUGAGCGGAGGCCAGAAAUGGAGAGUAACAUUGGCACGAGCCAUCUACUCACGCGCCGAGAUUCUGGUCAUGGAUGAUAUUUUCAGCGCUGUUGAUGCUCAUGUUGGUCGACACAUUUUCGACAAGUGCAUUAGUGGUGACCUCUGCGAAGGACGAACUCGAAUCCUGGUUACCCACCACGUAGCGCUCGUUCAAUCCAAGGCCAAAUAUCUGGUGGAACUUGGAGAGGGCACUGUUCUAAAUGCUGGCCUGACGUCGGAGCUUGCUGAGGAGGGCAUCCUCGAGAGAAUCAAAACCCACGAGCAAGACCCAGAGGAGAUUCAGCGCGAAGAAGCGGCUGCUGAAGGUUCGACAGUCGUCAACUCUGAGGAAGGCUCAGUCACCGGUGCCGAUGGAGCAUCAAGUGAAAACGCUACGGCUGAGCAGGCAGCUAAAGACAAGGCAGCCAAAGACUUCGUCGAAAAGGAGGCUCGCGACAAGGGGCAAGUUAAGAGCCGAAUCUAUAGGAGCUAUCUGACCCAUAGCGGUGGCUGGCUAUUUUGGAUUAUUCUCGCUGUUUUAUUCUCCAGCUUUGAGGCAGGUAAUCUUGCUCGAAAUUGGUGGGUAAAGAUAUGGACAUCUCAAAGCGAGAACCAAGUUGAUGGAAUCCAUGCCUUUGAAGCGGAGCAGAAGCACGGUCUUGCUUAUGGGCUCACUCUACAGCACGGCCCGUUCCAUGUUGCCUCGAACUUGUCGAACGCCGAAUCCACAGAGCAUAAUUUGUACUAUUACCUAUCAAUCUAUGUGGCUCUAUCUGCGGCUAGUGGAUUUGUCGGGACACUGCGCUUUAUCUGGUCGUUUUAUAUGAGCAUCAAGGCCAGUAGGACCCUGUUCAAGCAAAUUCUCUUCACAGUCCUCCGAACUCCCCUACGAUGGCUUGACACAGUCCCUGUUGGUCGAAUUCUUAACCGACUCACCUCUGAUUUUGACAUUAUCGACAAUCGCAUCAACAUGGAUUUUGGCAUGUUACUCUGGCGUUCUCUAGGCCUCGUGGGUGUCUGUGUUGCCGCUACGCUCGUGUCGCCUUAUAUCCUUCCUUUGGCAUUCGUGUUGGUCAUCUUCGCUGCCAUAGUUGGCAAGAUGUAUAUGACUGGUGCUAGGCCCAUGAAGAGAUUGGAAAGCACCUCAAAGUCACCGGUCUUUGAGCAGUUCAACGCGACGUUGUCGGGUGUGGCUACGCUUCGAGCAUACCAGAAGACCCAAGUGUACGUCGAUCGUAUGUACGCUCAUCUUGAUCAAUGGGACUCUGUGAGCAUUUAUGGCUCUCUGUUCAAUCGAUGGAUGAGCUUCCGCAUGGCCUUGAUUGGUACUGCCUUCAGUUCCAUCGUUGGCAUUGUCGUUGCCUUGUCCCCAUACAUUGACGCUUCUAUGGCUGGCUUCACUUUGGCGUUCGCCGUUGACUUUUCCGGCAACAUUCUCAUGACUCUUUGGAGCUAUACCAGUUUGGAGCUAGAUAUGAAUGCCACUGAGCGUGUCAUCGAGUACGCCGAUCUUAAGACCGAGCCGUUGGAUGGAGAGAAGGCUCCUGCUGCCUGGCCUACGUCAGGAGAUAUUGAGGUUAAAGAUCUUGUUGUUGGUUACGCUGAGGAUCUGCCGCCAGUCCUGAGGGGCGUUUCCUUCAAUGUCAAAAACAAUGAGCGAGUGGGUGUAAUUGGACGUACCGGAGCUGGAAAGUCCUCGCUUACUCUGGCCCUCUUCCGCUUCCUCGAGGCCCGAUCAGGCACCGUCUUGAUUGAUGGUGUAGAUAUUUCCAAGAUUGACCUUCAUAGCCUGCGUUCACGAUUGGCCAUCAUUCCUCAGGACCCUGUACUGUUUUCUGGCACUGUCAGGAGCAAUCUUGAUCCUUUCAACGAGCGUACCGACGACGAGCUCCGCGAGUCGCUUCAUCGUGUUCAUUUGGUCGACUCUCAACCAGCCACGCCUGCCAAUGAGCCUUCAUCUGUCGCCGCUUCUGCCGCUCCUUCAACUACCACUCCAACCAACGCCAAUAUCUUCCGGGAUCUCACCAGCGGCAUCGCCGAAUCGGGCGGUAACCUCUCUCAAGGCCAGCGCCAGCUCCUCUGCAUGGCCCGAGCUAUCGUCGCCCGACCCAAAAUCAUGGUGCUUGACGAAGCUACCUCGGCCGUGGACAUGGCUACCGAUACGCUCAUCCAACGCAGCAUCCGCGAGGAAUUCACCGACAGCACGCUCAUUGUUAUUGCGCAUCGUCUUAGCACGAUUGCCGAUUUCGACCGCAUUCUCGUCCUCAGCGAGGGAGCUGUGGCGGAAUUCGGAACGCCCAAGGAGCUGUGGGACAAGGAGGGAGGCGUAUUUAGGGACAUGUGUGAGCACAGCGGUGAGCUGGAUAAGCUGAAGGAAACGAUUUUGGGAAAAUAA